AUGUCAAAUCUGGAAGUUGCUAGAUCUUUGGAGCUAUUGAAUAGGCGACCCAGCUUUGACGCUAUCACCAGUGAUGAGUUCCAAGCAUUUCUUGGAGUAUACUGUCAUCACAUUCCAAAUCCGAUGCGGGACCUAGACACGUUUCGCUUCAAGACGAUGCCCGCAGCAUGCGCUUCGCGCGAUCCUAAAUACCUCGAGCACUGUGAAUUGAUUCGCCUGGCCAAAUGGAUGUACUCGGCUGGCCAUAGACUCGUGACGCGAUCUCACAGACGUAUCCCUGUGGCAGCAGCUUCCAAUAUUGCUAAAAUGAGGCGAAACUGGCGCGGGAAGGUGAUGGAAUCGACGUGCGAAGCCUUCGAGAUCUAUGCCAAGAACAAAAACAUUCCAUGUGCCAUCGAAAUGAUCAAACAACUCCAGGGGGUAGGUUUGACUACCGCGACGUUGGUCCUUUCGUCAGCAUACCCUGACGACUUGCCGUUCUUUUCCGACGCUCUCUGCAAUUGGCUAGGCCUCGAAGGCCUUGAAAAGAGUGUUUCGGGGUACAUGAGACUUGUGGAAGGGGUCAAUACUGUGAGGAAGCGAGUACAGAGCCCGUCGUCGCGCUACCGUCGAAUCACUGCUCUCAACGUGGAAAGGGUGGCGUUCGUGAUAGCUGCUUCCGAGUCCAUGCAAGUUAGAAGGCUGUCGAUUGAUAUCAUGCAGGUCGAAUUGCAGAGGCAAUUGGGGAAUGGCGGUGGGAGUGUGGCGGUCUUUGCUGCCCGGAGAACGCAAUCCCAUGAUGUACUGCCUACAGCAUUCGCAGUCAAGGUCGUAUCCAGCCUGAACUUCCGCGUUCGUUACCUGCAGAUGCUUAAGGAACUUACCAUACUGGGGCAAUUGUCAAAGGUGGGUGGCACAUGCUCCUCCUUUCAUAACACAUCUAAGAAGCGAGGAACUUACAUGCCUAAGCUUCCGUUGAUCAAAAACCACUUCGCCCAAUUCUACGGGUGGAAAUUCUCGCACGGCCACUUCUUCAUCGCCAUGCAAUUAUUACAGUGCGAUCUGGAGACCUAUCUUCAACAAGGUAGCGGAUAUAACGCCAGGGAGAUUACCUGGAACCAGCGCCGGCCAGGAGUGCCUCUGCAAAGACCGGUAGGACAGCUGAUUGAGGGCCUGCGUGCUCUUCACAAGGCAGGGUUCACUCAUCGCGACCUAAGGCCCAAGAAUAUUCUGCUUGAUGGCGAGUGGUCCCUCAAGAUCGGAGACUUCGGCAUCUCGAAGCAUGUCAUCGAUGGUCUGAAGACCAAGAUGAGCGACGCACCCGAGACAUGGGGUUACUCGGCCCCCGAAAUCAUCGAGGCCGGAGCUUCACCGCUCCAGACCUACUCGUCAAAAGUGGAUAUGUGGUCUCUGGGCUGCAUCGUGUACAGAAUGCUGAUGGGCAGACGACUAUUCACGAAUCUGAAUGAUGUCAGGCAGAAUCGUGGGACCAAGGUUGAGUUACUCGGAUCCAUGAGACACGAGCGGGAUGAUGUGACUACCCUGGAUAUCAAUUUCUUGCAAUGUCUUCUCUGUGAGGAGCAGGAACGUAGAUUGGACGCCGAGGGAGCUGGUGGGCAUUCCUGGUUUAGUGUUUCCAGCAAUUCCGUUUGA